AUGGAGAAGAUCCCUUCAUUCCGUGGGGAGCCAGUGACGAGCUUGAGGGCUGUGAAGGACAGCUGUCAUGAGAUCCAAGCCUUCAAUGUCCAAGAAAGCGAGGAGGGCUCACCUCUAGUGAUUGCUUGGGCAGGCUUGUCCAGGAGACUUCGAACCAUUUGUGGAGAUUGUCACAAGGUUCAUGAAUCAAGUGGCCCUCUGACUGGACUUUCGAAGGCACGUGCCGCAAUUGCAGCCUGGAGUGAGGCUGUGCAGGCCAUGUGUGAUGCCAAGGCUUUGGAAUUGAUAGUUGCGAAGCCAGCUGUGAAGAAAGAGGAGGGCAUGUUCGGGGCCAUGAAAACGAACUUCAAUGCCUUCUUGGCCAAGUUCCAGGAUGCUGUGGAUUCGGGCUUGAAAUCCUUCCAGGAGGCUCACCUGGCCCCUGUGGAGACCUUCAAGGAGAAGUACCAGUCUGUGGCCUCUGAUUGUGAGAAAUGGAGCGUCACGAAGCAUAGCCCCCUCUUCUUCGCUGACUACAAGACGACAGGAGAUGACAUGGAUCAAGUGGGGGCUGCCAGGAACAAUGUCAAGUCGACCAUGAAAAGUUUGGCAAAGUUCUGUGGCCACGUUACCACUUCCAAGAGUUUGGAGCCGACCAUCAACUUGGCCAAAGACAGCUACAAGAAUGCUACCAGCCUGAUCAACGAUGCAAGCAAGUGUGCCAGCGUGCUAUUAGUGACGGCCGUUCUUAUCAGGCCUGGCUCAAAGGCUCAGGACGUGAAAGCCACCGUGGAGAUGUCUCACAAGGCCUUCGGGGUAUCCAAGGAUCAGUUCUCACCCAAACUGAUCAAGCUUCUCAACGACAUGCUCAAAGGUGAUGGAGAGAGCAAAGAGCUGGAGAAGUCUGCUGACAGGUCAAAAAAGCGGCCCAGCGUUCCAGCCUUUGACGAGGCAUUGGACAACAGUGGCAAGAGCCAGGUCAAAAAGACCAAAAAGUCAGCAGAGGCAGAGGCAGAUGGUCCACCAAAAACCAAGCGGGGGCGUGCUGACCAUGAAGGCGACGAGAAAAACAAGAGAAAAGAGAAGAAGAAAGCAAAGAGAGGGAACGAAUCUGACUGA